AUGUCGUCGGCAAAGCCAUUCAAUAAAGUCACUGUCUUCGGUGCCGGUGGUACCAACAUCGGUCACCAUCUGGUCAAGGCGCUAUUGUCAAGACCUGGUAUCUUCACAGUCUCGAUCAUUGCCCGAAAGUCUUCAAAAUCCACCUUUGCCUCUGAAGCAAAAGUCCAUUAUAUCGAGGAUGAGCUUCCACACGAGCGGCUCGUCGAAGUUCUUCGAGGCCAGGAUGUCCUCGUGUCUGCGAUUGGUUUUGGCGCCAUCCAGCUGGAGACAAAAUUGAUCGAUGCCGCUAUUGAAGCCAAAGUCCGUCGGUUUCUUCCUUCCGAGUACGGAGUGAACAACACGUACCAAGCAGCGAGAGAUCUUUGCCCCGUUUUUGACGCCAAGGGUGCCAUUGUGGACCUUCUGAAAGAGAAAGAGCUCGAGGGAUUGACGUGGACUUCGAUACCAACUGGACUGUGGUUGGACUGGGCUCUAAACCCUGACAUCGCUUUCGCCAACAUCAAUCUUCGAACCCAUACUGCAAGUGUUUGGGCAAAGGGCGACCAUAAGCUUUCCUGGACCACUUUGCCAUGGGCCGCCGAAGGUAUCGUCCAGAUUAUCCUCGCGGGAGAAGUCAGUGCAAAUAAAGUGGUGCCGAUCCGAGCUUUUGAGGCCAGCCAGAACGAGAUAAUCCAGAUCCUUGAGAGUGUUCAGAAAGUCAAGUACCGCGUCACCAAUAUCGACCCGGACAGUGUAAUCCCUGAGUCGCAAAAGAUUUGGAGAGAGGAAAAGAAGGGACCUGCAGCCUUGACCCUGGUCAAGGCAGGAUUCUUUCUUGGAGGAUACGGCAGUAAUCUGGUUGAUGAGGGCAUCGUUCCAACGGGGAACGAGUAUCUGACUCUUUCGCCUUUGAGUGUUCAAGACAUUGUCCGAGAAGCGACACGAUUGUGGGGCUAA